UGAAUUGCAGAUUGCUUUUAGAAUUUUGUUUCAAAUAUACGGAUGUAACUUCAAUACGGACCCCAUGCUGAGAUUUUUCAAACGAAACAUACAUGCCAAAUUAUCAGGUAAAAAGUGGAACGUGUUCAGGGAAUGCAGCGCCAAGAACCACACGCUGGACACGUGUCUCCGGUACAUGUCCAGUAACGUCUGCUCCAGAAGUCAAAACAAGGUGACAAAAGUAUUACGGAUAUCUCUAUUUAACCUGAAAUCAUUUCUAGAAGUCCGGCCAAAUCUUAAAAUAGUCCACCUAUUCCGUGAUCCUAGAGCUGUAAUCAAUUCUCACAUACGCACGAACUGGUCCCCCGUACGAGCGAAUUCCCUCGAAAGCGUUGCCAGCGUUUCCAGAAGCAUCUGCGGCAGAAUGGCAGACGACAUUGAAAACGCUAAAAAAUUGAAAGCAGAGUUUCCGCAAAGAUUUCUUAUUGUGCAAUAUGAAGAUUUUAAGAAUCCUUUACCGAAAAUACGGAAAUUAAUAGAUUUUGUAGGGAUGAAGUUUACAAGUGAAGCUUAUAACUUUAUAGACAUCGAUACGAACGCAACAUCCGGUAGUAAAUUAAAUGGAAAUCAUCCGUUUUUAUACAGAGAACAAUUAGAAUGGCGAUUUGUUAGAGUUAUUAACAGAUAUUGUAGCAAUAUUUAUAAAGAAUUAGGCUAUACUAUGUUUGGUUCAGAAGAAGAAUUAAAAGACACGGAGAUACAGCCUGUGACGUCACCAUUACCAUAUGCAUUGCUAUAA